AUGGUCGCCCCUAAGCGCUGGCUAAGGGUGGGCGGGCUGUAUUGGCGCCUCCAAUUCUCACGGACAACUGCAAAUGCCCUCAUAGCGAGUGUCUACCCGGUCUCACCCUCUGGUCAUGUUGACCAGCUCAACAACGUAUCGCCAGUGUUCUUCACGAGAUCAGCCGAACCAGCCAUCGGUAGGCUGCUCAAUAAUGGCCCUCUUUUUGAUCAUUAUUUGCUUGCAGAUGUCGGGUAUCGGGCUCUUGUUGAACCAUGUCCUGCAUUCCCGGCUGAACUUGUCUACCCAUCCGCAUACGCUUUUGUGUUCUUCCCGGUACAGUAUGGCAUGCUUUUUGAGAGGUAUCUUUACUCAAUUGCUCGGAAAGUUGAUUGGACAAUGGCACCAUCCGUCAUCGGUCGCAUGACCCUGAGCGACGAUGAAAUCCGCAUACUGGUUACAGAUCGACAACACCUCCGAAUGACUGCAUAUCACGCAGCUGCCAGCAUCUCUCAACCUACCGAGGGCGGCCUCCCCGCAUAUAUGCACCUCCUUCACUCUCAGCCUUUACAGUGGGUUGUCUGGUGUACCUCAGACUGA